CCCAGGGCCCUGUCGCUGCUGCUCACCCGCCCCGCCCUGCCCGCAGCGGAGGUGGCCCAGCAGUUCCAGUACGCUGUGCGGGUCAUCGGCAGCAACUUCGCCCCGACCGUGGAGCGAGAUGAGUUCCUGGUCGCUGAGAAGAUCAAGAAAGAGCUGGCCCGGCAGCGGAGAGAAGUGGACGCUGCGGUGUUCUCUGAGCUGCACCGGAAGCUGCACUCCCAGGGUGUCCUGAGGAACAGGUGGGCUGUACUCUACCUGCUGCUCAGCCUCAGCGAGGACCCCCGCAGGCCGCCCAGCAAGCCGUGCGGCUACCCCGGCCUGUUCGCCCAGGCGCUGCCCAGGGACCCGCUCGCCACCCCCUUGUACUGCGCGCGCCCGCAGACGCUCCCGCUCGGCUACCAGGACCGCGGCACGCAGGCGGCGCCCAGCUCGGGCAGCCUGGGCAGCAGCGGGGUCAGCAGCUUCAGCGGAGCCGCCAACGGGCCCACGCCUCAGCCUCUGCUGCCCGGACAGACCCACCCAGCGGCAGGCGUGGGCGAUGGUCUCCGGCAGCAGCUGGGGUCCCGCCUGGCCUGGACCCUCUCGACAAACCCGACCCAGCCUCCGGCCGCCUCCAGCAGAGGCUUCCCCGGCUCUGCCUUCCGCGGCGGGACCCGCUUGCGGAGGGAUGGGGACGCGGGCGGAGCCGUGGAGGUGACAGAGAGCGCCCUGGUCAGAGACAUCCUCUACGUCUUCCAGGGCAUCGACGGCAAGUACGUCAGAAUGAGCAGCGCCAGUGACCGCUACGAGGUGGAGGGGAAGGCCGGCCUCAGCCGCUCCCUGAGGGACACGACGCUCAGGCUCUCGGAGCUGGGCUGGCUGCACAACAAGGUCCGCAGGUACACCGACCAGCGCAGCCUGGACCGCGCCUUCGGGCUCGUGGGGCAGAGCUUCUGUGCGGCGCUGCACCAGGAGCUGCAGGAGUACUACCGCCUGCUGUCGGUGCUCCACUCCCAGCUGCAGCUGGAGGACGACCCUGGCGUGACCCUGGGUCUGGAGAGCAGCCUGACCCUGCGUCGCCUCCUGGUCUGGACCUACGACCCCAGGACCCGGCUGAAGACGCUGGCCGCGCUGGUGGACCACUGCCAAGGCAGGAAGGGUGGGGAGCUGGCCUCGGCCGUGCACGCCUACACCCGCACCGGGGACCCGUCCGCUCGCUCACUGGCCCAGCACAUCCUCCGCCUCGUGGCGCACCCUGUGCUCAGCUUCCUGGACCGCUGGAUCUACGACGGCGAGCUGGAGGACGCCUACCAUGAGUUCUUUGUGGCGUCGGACCCCACGGUGAAGGCCGAGCGGCUCUGGCAUGACAAGUACAGUCUGCGCGAGUCCAUGAUCCCGUCCUUCAUGACCAUGGAGCAGUCGAGGAAGGUGCUCUUGAUCGGGAAGUCCAUCAACUUCCUGCACCAGGUCUGUCACGACCAGACGCCCACGACAAGGAUGGUCGCGGUGAGCAGGCCGGCUGAGUCCCCGCAGGAUGCCGCGGGCCUGCUGACGGAGCUGGAGAGCGCCUUCCAGGGCCGCAUCGACGCGGCCUACCGCGAGACCAGCCGGCACCUGCUGGACGUGCUGCACUCCAAGUACCGCCUGCUGGAGCACCUGCAGGCCGCCCGGCGCUACCUGCUGCUGGGGCAGGGCGACUUCAUCCACCACCUCAUGGACCUGCUCAAGCCGGAGCUGGUGCGCCCGGCCACCACGCUGUACCAGCACAACCUGACGGGCAUCCUGGAGACGGCCGUGAGGGCCACCAACGCGCAGUUCGACAGUCCCGACAUCCUCAGGCGGCUGGACGUCCGGCUGCUGGAGGUGUCGCCGGGCGACACGGGCUGGGACGUCUUCAGCCUGGACUACCACGUGGAUGGGCCCAUCGCCACGGUGUUCACACGCGAGCGCAUGAGCCAGUACCUGCGGGCCUUCAACUUCCUGUGGAGAGCCAAGCGCGUGGAGUACAUCCUCACCGACAUCCGCAAAGGCCACAUGUGCAAUGCCAGGCUACUCAGGGCCAUGCCGGAGUUCUCGGGGGUUCUCCACCAGUGCCACCUGCUGGCCUCCGAGAUGGUCCACUUCAUCCACCAGAUGCAGUACUACAUCACCUUCGAGGUGCUGGAGUGCUCGUGGGACGAGCUGUGGAGGCAGGUGCAGCAGGCCCGCGACCUGGACCACAUCAUCGCGGCGCAUGAGGUCUUCCUGGACACCGUCAUCUCCCGCUGUCUGCUGGACGCCGGCUCCAGGGUGCUGCUGAACCAGCUGCGGGCCGUGUUCGACCAGAUCCUGGAGCUGCAGAGCGCGCAGGACGCCAUGUACGCGGCCGCCCUGGCCGAGCUGCAGCGCCGCCUGCAGUUUGAGGAGAGGAAGACGCAGCGCCAGGCGGAGGGCCAGUGGGGCGUGACGGCGGCUGAGGAGGAGGAGGAGAGCAGGAGGGUGCGGGAGUUCCGGGAGUCCAUCCCCAAGAUGUGCUCGCAGCUGCGCAUCCUCACCCACUUCUACCAGGGCAUCGUCCAGCAGUUCCUGGUGCUGCUGACCACCAGCCCGGACGAGAGCCUCCGCUUCCUGAGCUUUCGGCUGGACUUCAACGAGCAUUACAAGGCGCGAGAGCCCCGGCUGCGGGUGUCCCUGGGCUCCUGGGGCCGCCGUGGAGCCCACUCCUGAGGGGAGCCCCCUCCUGAGGGGAGCCCACACCUGAGGGGAGCCCGCUCCUGAGAGCCCAUACACACUGCAGGUGCCACUCCCACACCUGCCCACAGGCUCCACAGUUCCGGCCAGUGACCCCGUGCCGGCCCCCCACACAGCCUGGCGCAUAGGCGGCCCGCCCCUGCCCAGCGGCCAGGACUGGACUGUCCCCACGGGCGCAUCCUCCGGCCAGCAGGCCUCUGCUGGGCUCUCAGGCUGUCCCCUCCUGUCCCUUCCCGAGGAGCAGGCCCCGGCCCCCGUGUCCACGGGCUGCUGUCCCCGUGUGCCCUCACGGUGACCUGGCCCCUCCGUGUGCCCGGUGGCCCAGGGCUGUGAGGAUGGACACUGAGAGUCCUGUGUCCACAGGAGACGCUCAGCGCCCAGAUCAGGGAGCUGUGCUGGAGAAAUGUCCCUUUAUUACGUCUCGCAGCCGAGGGAGACUAAAGUGAUUAUCUUUCCCA